UACCAAAAGCUCUUUAGGGUUUCUCAAUUCGACACAAAAAACCCCCCUAAAAAUCUCACAAUUUGGCCGAGUCAAAGAAAGAAAUCGAGUGAUCCGAUUCCGGCGAGAGAGGAAGAAGAAAACAAAUGGCAUCGUUUCAGGUGAUGCGUUCUUCAAAUUCUAGAAACUCGGAUCUAUCACAUCGUAUCCCCUCUUCUUCAUCUUCGUCUAUAAGACCUCCUCAACAGCAGUUCAUGCGAGAUCUCACUAUCGGCGGUUACUGCGGAAGAAACGACGGAGGUUUAUUAUACAGUUCUACUUCGAUGACGGUUGAAGGUAUUUUACACGAUGCUUUCGCUUCAGAUCCACCUGCACCGACGGAGUCAUCGCUUCUAGACGCUUCGAUUACUCUCAUGGAUGCUUCUCCUGCACCGACGACGGUUGUUUCUGAUGCUGUGGAUCACGGCGGAGGAGGAGGAACGGAGACGACGCGUGAGGGGAGGAGUGUUGAUGAGGUUUGGAGAGAUAUGGUAUCAGGAGAAGGGAAAGGUAUGAAGGAAGAGACGCAGGAAGAGAUUAUGACGUUAGAGGAUUUUCUAGCGAAAGCUGCUGGGGAAGACGAAGGUGGAGCGGCGGUUACCACGGAUGAUUUGGAUGUGAAGAUUCCGCCGCCGACGAAUUACGGAUUCGAUCAUUCUGCUCCGCCGCAUAAUCCGUUUCAGAUGAUUGAUAAAGUUGAAGGUUCGAUUGUUGCGUUUGGGAAUGGUUUCGAUGUUUACGGCGGAGGAGGAGGAGUAGGAGCUGGUGGUGGUGGAGGUGGAGCGAGAGGGAAGAGAGCUAGAGUAAUGGUUGAGCCAUUGGAUAAAGUAGCUGCACAGAGACAGAGAAGGAUGAUUAAGAAUCGUGAAUCUGCUGCUAGGUCUAGAGAGAGGAAACAAGCUUAUCAAGUUGAGUUGGAAACUUUGGCUGCGAAGCUUGAGGAAGAGAAUGAGUUGCUUUCAAAGGAGAUUGAAGAUAAGAGGAAAGAGAGAUACCAGAAGCUGAUGGACUGUGUGGUUCCUGUGAUCGAGAAACCGCAACCACCGAGGUUUUUACGCAGGAUUCGGUCUUUGGAAUGGUGAAAAAAAAGGUAUAGACUUUUGAAGGAUUUUUAAGGGUUACUUUGUGUAUGUUAUGUGUGUGUGAGAGUGGGAUUCAUAAUCUGCAGUGGAGUGUAAUGAUUAUGGUUAAUAACAUAGAUUGCAUAUGUUACAUACUUGAUCUUGGGAUGAGCACAACCUUUCUCUCUUUGCAAAUAGAGUUUGAAUCAUUACGGUUCA